AUGCUUCUAGCCCCCUCUGCAUCGAGGAGUUCGAUCUCUCAGACCGAAACUUCCGUCCAUGCCCCUGUGGUUAUCAGGUAUGCUGCCGCCAACACCCUGCGCGAUUUGCUCAUCAGAUUACUGACCGCCCACUCGCUACAGAUAUGUCAGUUCUGUUUCAACAACAUUAGGAACAAUAUGAACGGGCUAUGUCCUGCGUGUCGUCGUCCCUACAACGAAGCCACGAUCGAGUACAAAGUUGUCACACCUGAGGAAUACGCAGCAUUCCGAGCCAAUGUGGCCAAGAGCCAAAAGAAGCGUGCCGCUGAGCAACGGCAAAAGGAAGCCCAGAAAAGAGAGGCCGAAAACCACAGUCGCAAGAACCUUGUCGGCGUCCGAGUUGUCCAAAAGAACCUGGUUUAUGUGACCGGGUUGCAGCCGACAGUUCGUGAAGACGAGUUGCUCAAAACCCUUCGAAAGCCCGAAUUCUUUGGCCAGUACGGCAACAUCCAGAAAAUAUCGAUUAGUAAUCGACGUGGCACUGACGGCCACAACCAAUCUCUGGGUGUUUACGUCACCUUUGAAAAACAGGAGGAUGCAACCAAGUGCAUCCAGGCAGUCAAUGGGUCCAUGAAUGGGGACAGAGUCCUCAGGGCGCAAUUAGGAACGACGAAAUACUGUUCUGCUUGGUUGCGGCACGAGACAUGUACCAACCGCCAGUGCAUGUUCUUGCAUGAGCUGGCUGAGGAGGAGGACAGCUACACGCGGCAGGAUCUAUCGUCCAUCAACGGCAUCAAUGCCCAGAAACCGAUACCCCACGCCGCUGGUUCUUCCCGCUCUGCAUCAAGACAGCAGAGCCAUCCUUCGCCUGCACCGGUAGCCGCCCAGCCCAUGAUUCGCAGUUCUAGCAAAGAUGGAUCGGACCACGGCGAUGGCCCGGCGCUGCCUGCCACCGCGAACUGGGCACGUAACCCACAGGUUCGUAGCAGAAGGGGCAGCCAUGCCACUAGUGGUGCCGCACCAAGCCCUGCCAUCUCGAAUGCGCUGCCAGUUACGACCGAGUCUGCUGUGGAGGACGAGCCAGUUGCCGAUGUACCGGCUCCCACGCCAGGGCCUUCCACCGCAGCUCCGGCAUCUGCCCCAGUAUCUCCCUCGGCGCCAACCCCAACCCCCGCAGCGGCAUCGCCGGCUACGCGAACCAAGUCGGCCAAAACUCCUGCUGAAAGAGCCAAGCGCACCACUCAGGACACCCUCAAGUCUCUGCUCAAGUCGCUCGAAGGCUGCGCUCUGGCGUGGCCGAAACCGAGUGCUGAGCAGGAUGAUGCUUCCAAGUACCCUCCUCUUUUCGAUUCUCGUGGAGGCGAGCGUCGCCGGGCGAUGAGGGAGUCCGAGGCCGCGAGCACCACUGGUGACCAGCUUACUGCGAGUGUUCGUGAGCCCUCAGAGGGCGAGCCUGAAAGCAGUGGCAGUCUCGCACUGGGUGGCGAACCAGAGGACCGGGAUCAUGUUCGUGACACCCACGGCUUUGACCCACGGCGCACCGCUCAACCACCCAUUCAAAGAGGCAGUGCCGAUGGCUUCUUUGGUCAAGCUGUGGGCUCUGGCAUGACCCAAUCGACAUCGAAUCUUGGGUCUAUCGGUACUGCCAGUCGGACAAUGACGCCUCAACAGCGAAGCUUCAUGCGCCCCCCAACUGGGUUUGUCGAACACUUGACAGCCCAGACCAACACCCUCUUCCAGGGACAGGGCCACAACCGCCAGGGCUCCCGCUUCAGCUUCGCCAACGACAACAGAGACGCUGCGUCCUCUACGUCGGUGAAGCUCACAGGCAACCCCCGCAUCAUGGCUCAGCAGUCGUCCAUGAUGCCUUCAACGUUCCACAACCAGGCUGGCAACCAGUACUAUGGUUCCUCCAUGCCGCCGCCGCCUCCGGGUCUCAAGUCGACUGGCACACCUCCCGGCAUGUUUGGGCAGCACGGAUUUGGCUUGACGGCGGCGUUCGGCGGGGCGUCAAAGGAUAACGAGAUUAUGCAACAACUUAUCAACCGCAACAGGGGCGGAGGUGCCCAGGCUCAUGAUUCCGGUAAGCGUGAGUACACGUUCUCUUUCAACCCUAACCAGUACCCACCUUCCAACUCCUCGACCCCGGCUCCUGCCUCGAACCACCUCGGUUCGCUCUUUGCCUCGCAGCCUGGAGCAUUCCAAGACAUGGGUUCAAAGCAGAAGAAGAAGGGGAAGAAGCACAGAAACGCUAACACUUCCUCCUCUGGGGGGAGUGGCAUAGUUGAUCUUGCAGACCCGAGCAUACUUCAGGCGCGAAUGCAGUCGCAUCAGCAGAGCUUGCAACACCAGCAGCAAACCCUGCAGCAACAGAGCAAUGGCGGACUCGGGCCGGGUGUGUUCGGCGGUCAGUCGCAAGGUGGGUACACCAACCAGGGCAUGAUGUAUAACCAGCCAUACCGGCAAUGGUGA